AUGGAAGACAAUCAUGAUAGGAGUUGGAUGUACAAUCGGCUAACUGAUAGAAGACAACUAACUCGAGAAUUCUUGGAGGGUUUGGAAACGUUCAUCCAAUUUGCUCUGGAGCAAAUAGGUACAUCAAGUGACGUUAUCAGUUGUCCGUGUGUGAAAUGUAAGUGUUUUAAAUUUCAAACGCCGGACCAAGUCAGGGAGCAUCUGUGUAGAAAGGGCUUCAUGCCUGACUAUGAAUGUUGGCAUAUCCAUGGGGAAAUUCGGCAGGCACAUGCUAUUCCAGGAGGUUAUUAUGGGGAAACUAGUCAGCGAAACAACCUCAAUGAAUAUGAACAGUUGGUUAUGGAUGCUGCGGGACCGUCUAUUGGGCAAAAUUUUGAACCCGAUACUCAUGCCGAACCAUCCAACAUGGCAGAGGAUCCUAAUCCGGAAGCGGAAAGGUUUUACAACAUGCUUCAAGAUGCUCAACGUCCAUUAUGGGAAGGUUGUGAACAUAUUCAACAUACUGAACAUACAACGCUAUCAGCAACCCUAGCAACAUUACAGUUGAAGAGUGAUCACCAUAUGAGUGAGUCUGCUUACAACGGUUGGAUGCAACUCAUGCAUCAGGUUGUUCCUAAAGACAAUAAUUUGGCGAAGGAUUUUUACCAAGCAAAGAGAAAAGUGAAAGAGCUUGGGCUCGGAUGCACAAAGAUUCAUUGCUGCCCCAAAGGAUGUAUGCUAUAUUACGGUGAUUACAUUGAGCGCACCAAAUGUGAGUUUUGUAAGCAUGACAGGUACAAAGUUGUGAGGGACGGAAGGAAAACGACACGUGAAGCCUAUAGCAAGAUGUGGUACUUUCCUCUUGUGCCUAGACUUAAAAGAUUGUAUGCUUCUGAACAAACAGCUUGUCACAUGAGAUGGCACCGUGAGCAUUGUAGGGAUGAAAAAUAUGUGACACAUCCAUCAGAUGCCGAAGCUUGGGUUCAUUUUGAUGAGGCGAAUCCUUCGUUUGCAGCGGAUCCACGUAAUGUGCGUAUUGGUUUAUGUUCGGAUGGGUUUGCUCCUUUCAAUCAGACGGGUAGGAAUUAUUCUUGUUGGCCCGUCAUUGUGACGCCGUAUAAUCUCCCACCUUGGAUGUGCAUGAGAAGAGAGUUCUUGUUUUUAACAGCAUUAAUUCCUGGACCUGCCAAUCCAAAAAAGAAGAUAGAUGUAUACCUCAGGCCUCUGAUAGACGAGCUGAACAUGUUAUGGAGUACAGGGGUUCUGACAUAUGAUGUAUCGUUGAGGCAGAAUUUCACCAUGCGGGCUGCCUUGAUGUGGACAAUAAAUGAUUUUCCAGCAUAUGGGAUGUUGAGCGGAUGGCAGACAUCAGGGAAGCUUGCAUGUCCGGUAUGUAUGGAACAAAAUAAGGGUUUUAGCUUGCAGCACAGUCACAAGGUGUGUUGGUUUGACACUCAUCGACGAUUCCUGCCACUCGAUCACCCGUAUAGGGGAAAUAAAAAAGACUUCAGGAGAGGUGUUGUCGAAAGGGCAAACGCACCUCGUCGUUUAAGUGGCCAAGAAAUAUGGGAGAGGGUGAAGUACAUUUCAAGUGUUGAAGAGAUGCCUGCUUCCAACGACCCUGAGGGAUAUGGCGAUGAUCACCAUUGGAACAAGCGUAGCAUCUUUUGGGAUCUACCAUAUUGGAAAGAUCAAUUGUUAAGACACAACCUUGAUGUUAUGCAUAUAGAGAGGAAUGUGUUUUGCAAUAUUUUAUAUACUGUGAUGGACACCAAGGGAAAGACGAAGGACACUUUAAAUGCAAGACUGGACGUAAAGGCGAUUUGCAGAAGACCUGGUUUAAAUUUGGUUGAAACUCCAACCGGGCGGACUUUGAAACCUCAAGCGCCGUACACACUGAAUAAAGUCCAGAAUUUAGAAAUGUUGCGUUGGGUUAAGGAUCUUAAAUUCCCAGAUGGUUAUGCAUCCAAGUUGUCGGGGUGUGUUGACAUGAACGGGGCAAAGUUAUUCGAGAAAUUUGUGCUUCUCAACUUAAUGCUGAAAGGUUACGACAUCUGGAGUCGAGCGUGCCAACACUACUAUGCAAAUUAG